UUCACUGAGGAAGGGAAACAGAGAAGGAGGAAAUCAGAAGCACGAACCUUGAGAAGUUAAUACAUAUCAGCUGUAUCCUCUGGUCCAGUAGGCAGACAGAAUGAAGGUCAUUCUGCAGUGUGCGGUGCUGAGCAUCCUCGUCGCUCUCUGUCUCUGCUAUGAUUCCCAUGAGAGUAAUGAAUCAUUUGAGGACUUUUUCAUCAAGCGACACCGAGCCAACUCCUUCAUUAACCAUCCACGAGGGAAUACGAACAUCUACAUUCCCAGGAGGAAGGUGAAGUCAGCUGUUGAACAACGCUCCGAGAUCUGCGAGGAUUUCACUCCCUGUCGCCUCUUUGCCCAUCGCUACGGUUACCAGCAGGCGUACAAUAGAUAUUUCCCCACUCGGAAUACAGCCAAUGGCAAAUACUGAGUUAACCAGGAAACAAUUCAAACAACUGUCAAUCAGUAGAUAUAUGAGCACAUCAUUCUGUACUGAUGUUGUUUCAGAUAUACUGUUAUAGCUCACAUUCAUUCCCAUGUGUAUGGCAAAUUAUACAUUAGCAUACUAACAUAAAACAGUACUUAUCAGCCUAACAGCCAAGUUU